AUGACGAUCAGCUUCUUUGCGACGAGGGACAACAAAGUCCAUCGGUCUCUUAGGUCGCGUGUUUCGAGCGCAUACUCCAUGACGUCGAUUCUUGGCAUGGAGCCACAGAUCCAAGACGUGUUGGAUCUCAACCGAAGAAAGCUCGGCGAACUAGCAGACGGCGCCAACUACAUUGCCUUCGACAAGAUGGUAAAUUAUUUUACCUUUGACGUGGUUGGCCAGCUGGCGCUGGGUGGAAAGAUUGGGUUCUUACAACAAGGAAAAGACGUCGAUGGUAUAAUCCAGUCUGUCAGCGACGGAUUCUAUCUCAUGGGUAAUAUGGGCAUCUUUCCAUUGCAAAUGCUCUGGAUCAAUAAUCCGGUCUCUAAAUGGUUCACUAAAACCUUUGGCGGCGAUCGCCUGAAUGCUUUCGACGUCUUCAUCGACUGGCUGGACAAGAGAGUUGAGGAGAGAAUGACUAAUGGUCUUUUACCCGGUCAGCGAAGGGAUCUCCUUCAACAUUUCAUCGAGGUCAAGGAUGCUCAGGGGCGCCAAGCAGACAAAAAGGAGGUCAUGAUUGAGGGCGUUAAUAUUCUCGCUGCAGGGGCUGAUACAACCGCCAUCGGCAUCCUGGCUUGCCUUGGAUACAUUUUGACUAAUCCUCGCUCCAAGACAAAGUUGACACAAGAGAUCGAUAACGCUUACCAGGAACUCAACAUCGAUGACGAAAGGCGCGAGAUCUCUUUCAAGGAGGCCGAGAAGCUUCCAUAUCUGUCUGCUGUCAUUUUAGAAAGCAUUCGACUACACCCUUCCAUCCAGUACCAGCUACCCCGGAACGUUCCACUAGAAGGAGCUCAUAUUGGAGAAUACUUUCUUCCCUGUGGUACCACUUGCGGUGCCAGCGCAAGAGCUGUGAACUGCUCACGGGAGAUCUUUGGCUCGGAUGCGGAGGAGUUCCGACCCGAACGAUGGAUUCCCAGAAGCCCGGAGGAUGGCGAACGGAUCAAGAGCGAGAAGUCUCUCUUAAUGACAUUUGGGAUGGGCAGCCGCAACUGCAUAGGGAAACAUCUAGCGACAGUCGAACUUUACAAGUAUAUCGCUCAGUUCUUCCGGUACUUUGAUGCUGAACUGGCAAACAAGGCUAAGCCUUGGAAUACCAAGACACAAUGGUUUGCUUUCCAACGUGGGUUUCUUGUUGCGAUUAAGAGAAGAGAGCAUCUGGCAGACGUAGAGGGACCCGUUGGAAAUUGUUGA